AUGGCAGCUGCUCCCGCGACAUCCGCCUCUCCGGCCACCGUUUUCCCUCGCAGCCAUGUCGGUUUCGACUCUAUCACCUCCCAGAUUGAGCGGAAGCUGUUGAAGCGUGGCUUCCAGUUUAAUGUUAUGGUUGUGGGCCAGACCGGUCUCGGAAAAUCGACUCUGAUCAAUACCAUCUUUGCUUCGCAUCUGAUCGACUCCAAGGGUCGUCUGACUCCCGACGAACCUGUCCGCUCCACCACCGAAAUCCAAGCGGUUUCCCAUAUCAUUGAGGAGAACGGCGUCCGUCUUCGGCUCAACAUCGUUGACACCCCGGGAUACGGUGACCAAGUCAACAAUGACAGAUGCUGGGACCCAAUUGUGAAGUACAUCAAGGAUCAGCACUCUGCGUACCUCCGGAAGGAGCUUACCGCUCAGCGUGAUCGCUAUAUCCAAGAUACCCGCAUUCACUGCUGCUUGUUCUUCAUUCAGCCGUCUGGCCAUGCCCUUAAGCCCAUUGACAUCGUUGUCCUGAAGAAGCUGUCUGAUGUUGUCAAUGUUGUUCCUGUCAUCGCCAAGUCCGAUUCGCUUACGCUCGAGGAGCGCCUGGCUUUCAAGGAGAGAAUCAAGGAGGAGUUUGCUUUCCACAACCUGAAGAUGUACCCCUACGACAACGACGAGCUGGACGACGAGGAGCGCGCUGUCAACGUUCAGAUCAAGGAUAUCAUUCCUUUUGCCGUUGUCGGCAGCGAGAGAACGAUCGUCGUCAACGGCCAGCAAGUCCGCGGCCGUCAGAACCGGUGGGGCGUGAUCAACGUGGAGGACGAGAACCACUGUGAAUUUGUCUAUCUCCGAAACUUCCUCACUCGCACCCACCUCCAGGACCUCAUCGAAACCACCAGCCAGAUCCACUACGAGACAUUCCGUGCCAAGCAGCUCCUUGCUCUGAAGGAGAGCAGUGCGGCCGGCAGCCACACCGGAGGUAGCCGACCCAUCAGCCCUUCGGCGGACCGGGAGCUCAGCCGUAACUCUCAACGCAUGACGAUGAAUGGCUAUUAA